GUCGGUUGUGCUCUAAAAUAUAAUUUGUUAUUUGUUAUUAGGUAUUAAAUACAACAAUCAACAUUGAUAAAGGUGACACAGCAGUACUUCAACUGAGAUCAACCAUGCCAAUAGGCUGCAGAUAUAAUGAUCUACCUGGUGAAGAUUGUAUUGAAAACUUUCACAUAUUUAAUCGUGAAAAUGAAGGAUUUCAAUGCAAAGCUGGUGUUGCUAAUUUAGCACUGCAACCAAACCAACGAUGCUCUAAUGGUUUACAGACACUGAAAAACGGAUCAAUUUGGAACUCUGAUACAGUUUUCAAUUUCUCUAUUGUAACAACCGACAUGAACUAUAAUGACAAACGGCUAUUUUACCUGUUGUUACAAUUUCCAAAUACAAUGGGACAUCGAAUCUGGAGAAAUUAUUCUUUUCCACUCGUCAAGAUAAUUGUAUCUGACAUGGGAGAAUACAAAAACAAGAUAUGUUAUUCUCACAUAGAUCCACAUAUGAGAUCAGCGGAUGGCGUAUAUUACGAGCAGCAAAAAAAGAAUGGUUCGCAUUUUCCGGGGAUUUUCCUGAUGUAUAAUAACACGAAGUAUGGAAUCGAGGUUCAAGAACAAACUAAGAAAUGUAACCAGUUUGCAACGUGCGCCUGUGGUAUCGCGAUACGAGCUGGUAAAGAUGUAUUCAUGAUAAAUAGAUGUGGCAGUAUCAAAUAUAUUGGCUUUACAAAAUGCGAAGACGGUGGUAUUUUGCAAGUUAUAAAAAAAAACGAUUACAACUACGAU